AAAUAACAUUUUCUACUUUCGUUUUGCACUGCUAUCUUCAUACUGAAGAGUGCGCGGCCUUGACCUUCAACAUGUAAACAAAGCGGCAUGGAAAGGGGUAUAUGGAAAGGUCAAAAUUUAGCGAAAGUUACUUCACAUUUAGACUUUGAAUUGGUGUAAGAAUGAAACAAAGGGACGAAGAAGUACCACUGACAUCUGCACGUGCAGAAAUUCACCUAGAUGAAGUUAUAUCAUCAAUAAAAUUCGGAAAGUUUCAUUUAAAAAUGAUGAUUUUGACAUGCGGAGCUUAUUUUGCUGCUUGCACGGAAAUGAUGUCCAUAGUGUUCCUAAGUAAACCGGUGAAAUCUGAGUGGAAUUUAAAUGAUAUGACAUUUCCUUUGUUGCCAUUCUGUGGAGGCAUUAUAAGUUUAAUAAGUAGCUUUUCAUUUGGAUCUCUUAGUGAUAAAUUUGGUAGACAGAAACCGUUGCUAGUGGCAUUGUUAUUCGUCUCCGUGUUUGGUAUUGCGUCCGCUUUUGCACCAUACUUUUGGCUAUUUGUGAUUUUACGAGCAUUUGUUUCCUUAGGAACUUCAGGGAUAGAAACCGUAGACUUUGUUCUUCUUUUAGAAUGUUUACCAAAGAAGAACCGGGGAUGCACGAUGGUUGUGAUCACAUUAUGUGGUGCAUUCGGAACACUCUUGUCUGCUGCACUUGCUUGGAUCAUCUUGCCUAAGUUCGGUUGGCGCUGGUUUAUUGGCGCAUGCGCCGUGCCGUCAUGCGUUAUUUUAGCUUAUAGGCUUUGGUUCAGCUUCGAGUCGCCGCGGUAUCUGUAUAUAAGUGGACAAACAGAUCGAGGGUAUGAGGUUCUGAAGAAAAUUGCCAAUCAAAGUAACACCAGCUUACCCCAAGGAGAAAUAGUUUGUCCUCCCAGUGCUGAACGCGGAAGAGUACAAGAUCUAUUUUCCAAGGACCUGCGCAAAAGGACAACUUUUUCAAUGCUCGUUUGGUUUUUCCAGUCAAUGGGAUUUUGGGGUGUUACGAUGUACUUACCCGAAUAUUUAAUGUCCAUAGAAAUUGACCCUUAUUUUAAUAUGUUUGCCGUAUACAUUGGUGAAAUACCUGGACUUUGUUUAACAAUGGUAAUUAUAGAGCAUAGAAAAUUCGGAAGGAUUCGUUGUUUACGAUUGUUUUCAUUUGCAACAGCGCUAGGACUACUUUUGUUUGCAUUUAUUGGAGUUCCCAUUGUAAAGACAGUCUUUGUUAUAUUAGUUUACUUCUUUAUGGUACCGAUUUACUCAAUACUAAACACCUAUACACCGGAGCUGUAUCCUACAGACAGCCGUAGCAUCGCCAUGGCAUCCAUGUACAUGGUCAUAGCGUUUCCGGGCAUUAUAACUGCAUUUAUUGGAGCAACCGUACUUUCUACAAACAUCUCGUGGUUAUAUCCUACAGUGGCCGCCGGUUUCUUCUCGUUACAAUUUUUGUUCACUUUCGGCCUCACAUCCGAAACUGCGGGUCAGUCAUUGAAUGACACGAAGCAGACGAUCAAACAGGAUGUGACGUCAGAUGAGACACUGCCAACACCGGAUGUGCCAAAUGGAUGUGUUCAAAAUGGAAAUUGUAACGUAGUAAAAGAGACAGACACAAUGGACAGUUCUCCGAUGUUGUGAAGUUUAUACAUAAUUUGUGUUCAACUUUUGUUAGAUAUAGUGUUUGCUCAAAUAUAAGUACAUUUACAACAAAUAGGGUUAAAAUAUUCCGCGCAUUAUAUGUCUUUCAGACAGAUUAUUUUCUAGUUUUAGAAUAAUUGAUGUUAGUAUGUGGGACCUGGCUUAAAUUAUUUUCAAAAUUUUGAAAAAUGUAAAGUAACGUAGAAAUCAAUUUUGCAUUUUGCAAUGUACUGAAAUACUUCAGAUUCAAGCGAAAUGUGGACCUAUAUACUGUUUCAUAUCAUGUCACUUCCGGUAUUACGAUCUUGUACAUACACUUUAUUGUGUUUUAUUUAUUUGAUACUCAAUGUGUUGUUAAAACUGCCAAUAUUUACUAGUUUAAUGAUCAGUUUUUACUAUUAAUUUAUUUGUAUUAUAACGUUAACAGUUCUAUCACAUACCUGUUCAUAUUUUGUAUUUACUGCAAUAUAUCACAUGGAAAUCCGUAUUGUAUGCUAGUGUGAUUCAGAAAUACGUGCUGAUGUAAUUAACAGAUUCGAUGAGGUAUAUAAUUAAAGGCGGGUCAAACUCGGAGCUGCCGCGUUUCGUUAGAUCCUGGGCUAGUAAAAUCCACCCGAGCCGGAUCAAGAUACAUUUUGUACUGAAAAAUAAUAUUUUAAUAUUUGAGAAAGAAGGGACCGCGAAUAAAAGUUGUAUUAUUAUAAGAUAUACAUGUAAUUUAUUUCAAAGAAUUGUUGUUAGCAACUUAUUUUACUGUUAUAUACGAUCAGGGUAACAAAUUAAUUUACAUAUGUACGGGCAUUUAUGUAUUCCUUUGCUCAAAUAGUAUAGAUUGUGAAUAAAGUUCCCUAAAAACUUAAUGGGGUGCACGGGGGUAUAAUUAAUAGCUUGAGAGAAAUUAUGUCCAGAUUUGUGGUAGCGCUCCUAGUAUUUUCUUGUUUCCCUAACUCUGAUAAAAUUGUAUUGGUUUAUUUAAUUGUUUGAACGUUGGUUUUUUUGUUUGUUUGUUUUUUCUUCUCCGAGAAAAAAGAAUGCACAUAGUAAUAAUAAAAUAUAGAGGAGAGACUGAUUAUAUUUUCAGAAUUUGAUAAACUUUUUGAAUCUUUUUAUGUUGACCUUAUUUAUAAGUUUUCGUUUACAAAUAUGUUUAUAUUGGCAUUAUGUUAAUUUUUUUGUUAAAAAAAAAACUGCCUCUCAACGUUCUUUUCUUACCGAACUACCAGAAGGUAGUUACAAUUGUGGUAGUUACAAUUGUGGUAGUUACAAUUGUGGUAGUUACAAUUGGGGUAGUUACAGUUGUGGUAGUUACAGUUGUGGUAGUUACACUUGUGGUAGUUACAGUUGUGGUAGUUACAAUUGUGGUAGUUACAAUUGGGGUAGUUACAGUUGUGGUAGUUACAGUUGUGGUAGUUACACUUGUGGUAGUUACAGUUGUGGUAGUUACAAUUGUGGUAGUUACAAUUGUGGUAGUUACAAUUGUGGUAGUUACACUUGUGGUAGUUACAGUUGUGGUAGUUACAAUUGUGGUAGUUACAAUUGUGGUAGUUACACUUGUGGUAGUUACAGUUGUGGUAGUUACAAUUGUGGUAGUUACAGUUGUGGUAGUUACAGUUGUGGUAGUUACAAUUGUGAUAGUUACAAUUGUGGUAGUUACAAUUGUGGUAGUUACAGUUGUGGUAGUUACAAUUGUGGUAGUUAUAAUUGUCCUAAACAUAGGCAACUGACUCGGGAACGUUUUUCAGAAAAAAAACUGCUAUAAUUUAAUGUGUUCAUUAUGAUUCUUCAAAUAUAUUACAUGUAUAUUCCUAAUUGAUAAAAUGUCAUUUUAAUGAUCAUUGCAAUUUAUGAGGUAUUGUUUUUAUGGUAAAAAAUCCUGCUUUUUCUUAUUUCUCUGACCGUUUUACAAUUAAUAGUAAAGAGAUAUUUUAUUCAUAUGAAAAUGCAUUGAAUUUAUUCAAUAUAAUCUAUAAAAUAACCAGUGUAAUACUACUUAUUCCUAGAGAUUUAAUUAAAAAGAUAAUGUGUACAAUAUUAAUUAUCUCCCAUGAAAAAACAGUAUGCAUAUCAAGAAUUGUAUUUAUUAUCUUUACAUCAUAUUUCAGAAGAUAUUUCGACAAUCAAAAUGUUGCUUUGAUCUAAAUCUUUUUCGAUUUUCAUUGGGUUUUUGUUCACUCGUAAAAAAGACACUUUCUCUAAAUUGUCUGGUUUUCUUUUACUAAUAUUAUAUAUAAUAAUUAUACACCCGCAUAUUCUAGUAGUACUUAAUUUGUUGGUUUUUGAUAGUAAUUGUAUGUUUUUGUGCUAUGUUUAUUGUGAUAA